AAUGGAAGUUGUUGUGGCGGUGACACGGACCAGAAAUUGUCUGAUUUACCGGGAUUUCGAGACCGCUUUAGCCCUCUUUGUUUUGCCCCCCCGGCGUUAGAUCACCGUCACGUCAGAGAAAGCGUUUGCGGUUGUUCGUCUCACAGUGGCCUCGUAUGGACGAUGAGGAGGAUGAUGUGUUUGAGCCAGACCCCCGCUGCUGGCGCACCACCUUCAGAGAGAUAAAGUUCGAGGACCGGGGAACGCAAACACCCGGACCUGCUUUGGCACUGGCCAGCGGCAUGCUGCCCUGUGGAGUCUCCGAGGAGCCCAGACGACUCUUCUACGGCAACGCAGGCUUUCGAUUGCACUUCCCGGCUCGCUUUGAGCUUGUCGGAGACCAGGAGGCAAGGCAUCAAGAAAGGGAGGUGGAGCAAAGCAGGAUGGAGCAGCGACCCCGGCGGCAACCUGUGGCACGCACUGCGGAGGCUCUCAUUGGCCAGAAACUCCAACUGAUAGGAGAUCAGUUCCACCAGGAACAAAUACAACUGUAUCAUCAAAACCAAAGGAACCAGGGGCCGCUGUGGUGGCGCUUCGCCUCGGCUCUGCUCAGCCUCCUGUUUGAUCGGGGAGCCAUCAUCAGGGGAGGUGGAGCAAGGCGGAGGUGAGAGGAC